AAGGCAAUAGGAUAGGAGAACGAUUGAGGGCACCACUAAAGUGUACAUUUCAUUCAUAGGUUAUUUUAUUACCCCCCCCCCCCAUUUCCAUGGCGACGGCACGGCGCGGUCAUCGAUAAGCGCUCUGUCCGCGAGGGAUUUUGCUGUCUACCUGGGGAGGAAAUCUGGAUUAACCGAUGAACUGUAAUGGCUAACUAACGCGUUUCUCUUUUGGACUACUGUGAACGGAUUUCCAGUCCGCAGAUGAAGAUGGUUGUGUGUGGAUACUGCGCGGCGUCCUGGAGGAGGUGUGUGGUGAUGAGUCUCAGACUACUGUUCCUUCUCCCCGCAGGUCUGCCUGUCCGCAGUCAGGGAGAAUCCCAAUCCGAUAACAAACAGAUGGACAAUAUCACCAUCAGACAAGGAGAGACGCUCUUCCUCAGUUGCUCACAAGGGGACUUUGUGACACACACAGCGUGGCUGAACAGAUCAAGUAUACUGUAUGCUGGAGAGGAUAAGUGGUCCGUGGACUCCCGGGUGAGUUUGGUUACUCUGAACCAGGAUGAGUUCACCAUCAAAAUUGAGGAUGUGGACUUGACGGACGAGGGCCAAUACAUCUGUGCGGUGCAGACUAGCAGUAGACCCCGAACCACAUCCGUGCACAUCAUCGUUCAAGUUCCUCCAAAGAUCGUGAACCUGUCGAAGGACCUUGUGGUGAAUGAAGGCUCCAACGUGACUUUAAUGUGCCUGGCUAAUGGAAAACCAGAACCUGCCAUCGGCUGGAGGAUGUUAUCACCUUCAGAUGACAGCCUAAGCUCAGACAACGAGGUUCUGGAGAUUCCCUUCAUCAGCAGAUAUAGAGCAGGAGUGUACGAAUGCACCGCAGCCAACGAAAUUGCAGUGGACACACAGACUGUUGAGCUCACAGUCAACUACCCUCCCAGUGUUUCAGAUGGCAGAGAUGUUGGCGUGACCCUGGGGCAGAGAGGUGUCCUGCAGUGUGAGGCAGAUGCUGUACCAGAGGCAGAUUUUGAGUGGUACAGAGAUGACAGGAGGAUCUUCAGUGACUUUGAUGGCAUUGAGAUCGAGGAUGCCGGAGCAUUUUCAAAGCUGACUUUCUUCAACGUAUCCGAGGCAGACUAUGGCAAUUACACCUGCGUCGCUAUCAACAAACUGGGGAGCGCUAACACAAGCAUCAUCCUAUACGAAAUAAUCGAACCCACUAGUUCGACGCUAUUGCAAGUGGAGACGGCUUCAGUUUUAGAAAUGACUUCAUCCGAUUUAGAGCAAACAGCCUUUGAAAACAAUGAUUUGUUGGAAGGACCCGGAGCAGUUCAGGAUGGCAACAGCGGCACGUCAACGGUCUUCACACCCACCUGUCUACUUCUCAUCAUACUUCUACAACUCUUGCUCAAGUUUUGAUGCCGAAGAUGUUUUCAGUGGAUAAAAAUCACAGUUUGUGUGACAUCACUCAUCCUGGAGUUGCAAAUCGUGCAUGGGUUACCGAAAAUGCCCAAAAAUGUGCAUGGGGUACCCAAGUACUUAUUUUUAAUAAAGUAAUCAUGCAUUUCUUUUGUUUAUAAUAGAGUUUAAUAAUGUAACUCGUCUUGCAUUGCUAAUUAUCGCCCUGUUUUGCCCCACUGAAUACAGUUUUUGAAUCCAUAAAAUGCAAAUGACAGAGGCAUGUUUAAUUUUAAAUAUUUAUUUUUGUGACUCUCAUUUUAAUUUAACUCUGUAACCCCUUAAGAAUUUAUAUAGAAUACAGUGUGAUUGGGGAGUAAUUAUUUCAAGUCAAAGGCAUGCGAUAAGGAAGGGCAUAUGUCUCCGGGGUUUUUUUUGGUUUUUUUGGAUUGUUGUUAUAUACUUUACUGUAUCAUAACUGUAAAGCUGAUCAAAAUAAGCAGCACAAAAUACACAAACA